GCCUCGGCACCUGCCCCUCAGUAUGACAUGAUGAUGCCCAACGUUGGCUAGCCCUCUCCUCCCUUCACCAGAAGUCAAACCCACUGACUUCCUUUCAGCCUCACCUUUGGCACCAGGGAGCCAACAGAACCCAAGGUAGGAUACCAUAAACUCAAAGUACUACCAUGCUCAUACCUGUGUGCUCUCCCAAACACACACUCACACACUCACACACUCUGACACACACAUACACACACACAGAAGCCAGCACCAGCACACUCACACUCACACAGGUAGAGGUGUUUAUGGACCAAUGGCCAUCUCAAGGGCUAUGUCACCAUCCCCUAAUGAUUGGCUUCUGAGGGAAGCGGCCACAAACAACAACAGAGAAGAAGGACCGGUCUUCCCUUGGGCCAUCCUCCUGGCAGGAGGGAUAUAAAAGCCCUCCAGGCUAGGGCACCUUCCCACGCAGCCCCACAGCUUCACUCACACUCAUUCCCACACCCACACUCACAUCCCCACACCCAUACCCACAGGCACAGAAACAAGCCCCAUCCCAGGGAGGCUCCAGCCCCUCCCUGCGUCAAGUUCUCGGCCCCUCGCUGACACCCGUUUCCCAGUCUUUGCUGCCCAAGACAUCUCACCAUGGCAGACCCCUGUAUUACCGGGCCCUGUGUGCCCACGGCCUCAGCCGGCUCGGUCUGCUCCAGUGACGUGAGCCGCGGCAGCAACAGAGUCUGCUUGCCCAGUUCUUGCACCGGCUCUUCCUGGCAGCUGGACAACUGCCCAGAGAGCUGUUGUGACCCCAGCUGCUGCGGCCCCCCCUGCUGCCCAGCCCCAUGCAGCACACCGGCCUCCUGCCUGGCCCUCAUGUGUCGGCCAGUCUGCUGCGUACCCCCCACCUUCCAGGCAGCGUGUGAACCCGGCCCCUGCCAGGCUGUCUGCGCCUCCUCCUGCUCGCCAUCCUGCUGCCAGCAGUCUUGCUGCCAGCCCACUGGCUGCGGGUCUUCCUGUUGCCAGCAGUCCUGCUGCCAAGCUCCUAGUUCCGCUGCCUCUCCCUGCACGGUGCAGUCGUCCUACUGCGUCCCCGUGUGCUGCAAGCCCAGCUGCUGCAUCUCCCUGCCCAGCUGCUCUGUGACCACAUCCUGUUGCCCCGCCUCCUGCUGCUGCCCGUCCAGCUGCUGCCCCCCGGCCUCCUGCGUGUCCCUCAUCUGCCGGCCAGUGUGCAGUCCAGCCUCCUGCUAUGUGCCUGUCUCCUGCAAACCCCCUUACUGCGCACCCACGUCUUCCUCCUCUUCUUGCUGCACACCCUCCUGCUAUCCAGCCACCACCUGCUGCCGCCCUGCCUCCUACGUGUCCCUCAGCUGCCGGCCCACCUGCUGCAAACCCAUCUGCUGCGCUCCCAGCUGCGGCCAGAAAUCUUGCUGUUGACCACAGGGUGCUGCUCUCUGUCCCCCUGGCUGAUGCCCUUUGUCUCUCCCCCACCCCGGGCCCGACUUCAGUGGGCCUCUUGGUUCCUUCCCUGGGCAUCAGCUUCAGCAUCUGACCAGCCACCCACCACCACCCUGCCUUGCAGAGACCGUACAGACACCAAGGCACAGCGAACAGCUCCGCCAGUGGAACCAAUGCCAGGCCUCCUCCAAACCAUGGCUGCCCCCAGCCUUAGCACCAGCUUCAGUGUGCACCCGGCCCCACCGCUUGCAGCCCCCUGGCAGGCUCUCUCUCAGCUCAUGCCCGCACCCAGCCCCACCGCUUGCAGCCCCCUGGCAGGCUCUCUCUAAGCUCAUGCCUGCACCCGGGCCCACUGCUUGCAGCCCCUGGCAGACUCUCUCUAAAGUCAAAGUGCUCGGGGAUGGCCCUGGCCACUGCCCUCCUGGUAAUAAACGGCAUCAACUCA